AGGUAUCGCCCCCGAAACUUAAUUUUUUAUGGUAUUAAUCCAGGCUCGAAGGAGUUGGAUGCCAAUCAGCUUCAGUUAUUUAUGAAGAACUACGUUGAUGAUUUGCUCCGUCUCUAUGACGAAGGAGUCAUGCUCAAGACACAGAAGUAUCCCAGUGGCAAG